CAUUUCUCCGCUGGCUUCCUCAAAGUGGUAAAAGAUGGGCAACUCAGAGGAGGAAAUGUUCUACCAAUUAGAUUACGACUACAACGACACUGAUUUAGACUACCUGAUUGAAGCACCUUGUUCAUACCAGAACACGCACAGCGUUGAGCUGGUGGUCAUACCGUAUGUCCACAUCAUCAUCUGCAUCCUGGGCUUCGUAGGGAACAGCCUGGUGAUCGUCACUUAUGCCUUCUACAAGAGUACCAAGUCCAUGACGGACGUCUACCUGCUGAACGUGGCCAUCGCAGACCUGCUGUUCGUGGUGUCGCUGCCUCUUAUCGUCUACAACGAGCUGUCGGCGUGGCCGAUGGGGCCGGUGGCCUGCAAGCUCCUGCGCGGCUCCUACAGCGUGAACCUGUACAGCGGCAUGCUGCUGCUCGCCUGCAUCAGCGCCGACCGGUACAUCGCCAUCGUCCAGGCCCGCCGCAGCUUCAGACUGCGCUCGCUGGUGUACAGCCGCCUCAUCUGCGCUGUCGUCUGGGCCUCCGCCUUACUGCUGUCCGUCCCAACCUUCUACUUCUACAGCUGGUACCAGCCGUCCUACAGCAUGGACGCCUUCAUAGAAGAGGAGGAGAGAAAUCAGACCUCCGGGCCUACACAGUACAUCUGCGAGUUCAGGUUCACAGACGAAACCACAGCGUUGAAUACCAAGAUGGCGGUCCCCAGCACCCAGCUGGCCGUGGGCUUCUUCCUGCCGCUGCUUGUCAUGGUCUGCUGCUACACCGCAGUCAUCGUCACCCUGCGUAAAGCCAGAAACUUCCAGCGGCACAAGGCGAUGCGAGUGGUGCUGGCCGUGGUGGCGGUUUUCAUCGUCUGCCACCUGCCCUACAACGUCACGCUGCUCUACGACACCGCCAACAUGUUCGAGCUGCAGUCGUGCCAAGAGUCGGACAUCCUGCAGGCGGCCAAGACAGUGACGAAGACCAUCGCCUACCUGCACUGCUGCCUGAACCCGGUGUUGUACGCCUUCGUCGGGGUGAAGUUCAGGAACCACUUCAGGAGGAUCUUCCAGGACCUGUGGUGUCUGGGGAAGAGCUACAGCGCCCCGCCGCUCGGUGAACCGAUCCAGCAAAAAAACUGCUCGUCUUUCACCAUGUGAGGACACCUGGCAGGUUCAUGUGUUGACUAGAAACUUCCCUCCUUGGACCAAAUAUCCAGAAACUUUCCUCGUAGACCCAAAGGUCCAGAAACUUCCCUCCUAGAUCCAAAAAUCCUGAAAGUUCCCUCUUAGACCCAAAGAUCCAGAAAGUUCCCUCCUAGACCCAAAGAUCCAGAAACUUUCCUCCUAGACCCAAAGAUCCAGAAACUUUCCUCCUAGACCCAAAGAUCCUGAAAGUUUCCUCCUUCCUCCUAGACCCAAAGAUUCAGAAAAUUCCCUCCUAGACCAAACAAUCCUGAAAGUUCUCUCCUGGAUCCUGAAAGUUUCCUCUUAGACCCAACAAUCUCUGCAGAUCUCUGGAGGUCCAAACCUGCUCUAUCUCUCUUUCAGUUAAGGGGUCCUGGGGUUAAAAAACAUUGAAGACCCCUGAUUUAGAGACUUUAUUUUGGUUUCUGGUCAAAAUUCUUCAGCCCCGAACAUGAAGCUGUUUUAUCUGCUGCGACUCUUCAGAAGCUUUUCUGUUUAAACCGAAUCAGAAGAUUUUCAGUAUUAAAAACUGGUCGGCUUUAGAUUUGCCAAAUGUCAAAUCAAAUGUCAGAUGAACUCUCUGUAACCUCCAGUAAUGACUGUUAAGAUUUUAUUCUUCUGAUGUUUCUUUUUGACCUUGCUUUAGACUUAGUUUCCUGUCAUAUUUAAGUUAUAUCCGUUUAUUUUUUGUAACAUUGAAAGCACAGUAGAGAAACUGAUGAAUGUAAUAUUGUUUA